AUGCAGAGAACAACUAUCUCAAAUGCUGCUGAAUUAGCAGAAGUCUGUAAUCAAAUUAUAAAAGGGGAGACCUUUCUUUUGAACAAAAGUGUGCUAAGAACUUCAGACAGGGUGAUUACCUGUCGCCAACAAUUGAUUCAGAAUCACUAUAUAACGAAAACUCUAUCCAAAGAAGGCUUGUUGUUUCCUUUGGCCUACAUAAUAGUUAUACACAAAGACUUCGAAACCUUUGAGAGACUCUUCAGGGCAGUUUACAUGCCCCAGAAUGUUUACUGCAUUCAUGUGGAUAAGAAGGCAACCCUGGAGUUUUAUGUAGCAGUGGAAGGAUUUCUGAACUGUUUUCCCAAUGCUUUCUUUGCCUCAAAGAUGGAAUAUAUAGUCUAUGGUGGAAUAUCCAGGCUCCAGGCUGACCUGAACUGCAUGAAAGACCUUGUAGCCUCUGAAGUUCAGUGGAAGUAUAUUAUUAACACUUGUGGUCAAGAUUUCCCUCUGAAAACCAAUAAGGAAAUAGUCCAGUUUUUGAAAGGAUUUAAAGGGAAAAAUAUCACCCCAGGGGAACCGGCUCCUAAGCAUAUGAUUUGGAGAACUAAAUACAGCUAUGAAGAGCAUGCAGGUCCAUUUGAAUUUUUUAUUAACGAAACCCAGACAUUAAAAACCCCACCUCCCCACAAUCUGACCAUUUACUUUGGCUCAGCUUACGUCGCCCUCACCAGGGAGUUCGUCAACUUUGUUCUCCAAGACCAACGGGCCAUUGAUUUUUUUGAGUGGUCUAAGGACACCUACAGUCCUGAUGAGCAUUUCUGGGUGACUCUCAAUAGGAAUCCAGGGAAUAUCUCCAGUAUUCCAGGGGCCCUUCCUCUAGAGUUCUUGAUAUCCCAGUGGCUCAUAUGGACUGUCUACUCAUUAUUCACCAGUUAUUGGUGUCCAUGGACACCAGAUAUGGACUGUCUGCCUGUUAUUCCCCACUCUAAAUACAUCAUUGGACACCUCUUCUGGUUGAACAUUUUUCUGGUGACAUCCUUGAUGGAGCUAUUGAUGGCAGUAUCAAAAGAAAAAUACUGGAGAAGCGGAAUCUGGAAAGGAAAAGCGGGUCCUGGGAGUUCAGAGUUGCUCCGACCUACGGGAAAACAGCCUGCAGAUGCAAACUGGGAGUUAGGGAAAAAUAGACUGGGCUUAAGCAACCUGCUACUGGGAUUUAGACAAAGAAGGUUUGAGAGAGGCAGAGGAAAGAGGAGGGAACGGCGCCUAAUGUCAGCUCCGGGGGGGAAACAGCCGCCAGGCUCUGUGAAUGAGAUGGAAAGUGAUCACUCCGCGUCCUCCCGGGCAGAAGAGGCAGCUGUUCCGACCAAAAUACCAACUCAGGUGGAAAAGUAA